UUGUGAGCAUUUCUUCCCCUUUUUGCUUGCAGUGAGUUCUGCUCUCCUGUAGGCUACAAUGUGUCAGUUGUUAUAAAAUCCGGGAGGUGGAGCUUGGUGACGAGGUGGGUGGGGGAGCACUCAGCCAGCCCUGCAGGGCGAGCAGUUCAGCCUUGGUUCACCCGAAGCUUAAGCCUUGUAGCAGGAGAACUUCCAUCUCGCUCUCCUGGGUUUGAUCCUCACUGUACAUCAGACCAGAGGCGCCGAAGGGAGGGAGGAUGCGAGAUGACCGGUCCUUUGGCAACCUGACCAUCUCCUUAGCAGAGCUUUUGAAAGCCAGCCGGGGACUGACUGCCCGACCAAGGAGGCGCCGCACCUCUCGUGAAUGUGUGUGUGUGUGUGUGGGUGUGGGUGGGUGGGUGAGCCGGUGUGAGUGAGUGAACGUGUGUGUAUGUGUGUGUGUGCAUCACGACUGUGUGUGUGUCCGGAUGAGUGUGUGAGUGCACGCGUGAGUGUGUUUGCGUGCAUGUGUGUAUGAUCGCUCUCGGUUAUUAUUUCUGUGGAAGAAAAAUCUUGAAAAUCUGGGGCAGGUUACUGUGCUUCUAGGGUGGUAGUUCUUCUUUUGCAAGAAGAGCUGACCAGACCAAGCUACUAGAGACAUUUUUUUCGGCGAGUAAAGAGAAUUUUCCUCCCGGAUCGAGAGGGAUUUUUCCCCCUCCUGGCUCUGCAGCCAAGUAAAAGAGAUUAGUCCCUAAACCUGUGAAAUCGACUAGGACCGUGUGAUUACCAGGGCUUGAGAGAGGACUUGGGAAGAAAAAGAGAAAUAAAUCAAACAGCUUGUCAGUGCCUUUGGCCACGUUGGAAGAUGUCAUCUCAAACUAAGUUCAAGAAAGACAAAGAGAUCAUUGCCGAAUAUGAAGCCCAAAUAAAAGAGAUCCGCACGCAGCUGGUGGAGCAGUUCAAAUGCCUGGAGCAGCAGUCCGAGUCCCGCCUGCAGCUGCUCCAGGACCUCCAGGAGUUCUUCCGCCGGAAAGCUGAGAUUGAGCUCGAGUACUCCCGCAGCCUGGAGAAGCUGGCCGAGCGGUUCUCCUCCAAGAUCCGCAGUUCCCGCGAGCACCAGUUCAAGAAGGACCAGUACCUCCUCUCGCCCGUGAACUGUUGGUAUCUGGUCCUGCAUCAGACCAGGCGGGAGAGUCGAGAUCAUGCCACCCUCAAUGACAUCUUCAUGAACAAUGUCAUCGUCCGCCUCUCACAGAUCAGUGAGGAUGUCAUCAGACUCUUCAAAAAGAGCAAGGAGAUUGGCCUGCAGAUGCAUGAGGAGCUCCUGAAGGUCACCAAUGAGCUCUACACAGUCAUGAAAACCUACCACAUGUACCACGCGGAGAGCAUCAGCGCAGAAAGCAAGCUGAAGGAGGCUGAGAAGCAGGAGGAGAAGCAGUUCAACAAGUCGGGAGACCUCAGCAUGAACCUGCUGCGGCACGAGGACCGGCCCCAGCGCCGCAGCUCUGUGAAGAAGAUUGAGAAGAUGAAGGAGAAGAGGCAGGCCAAGUAUUCUGAGAACAAGCUGAAAUGCACAAAGGCCCGGAACGACUACUUGCUGAAUCUGGCAGCCACCAAUGCAGCUAUCAGCAAAUACUACAUCCACGAUGUCUCCGACCUAAUCGACUGCUGUGAUCUGGGCUUUCAUGCCAGCCUGGCCCGCACCUUCCGGACCUACCUCUCGGCUGAGUACAACCUGGAGACCUCUCGCCACGAGGGGCUGGAUGUCAUCGAGAAUGCGGUGGACAACCUGGAUUCCCGAAGUGACAAGCACACAGUCAUGGACAUGUGCAACCAGGUCUUCUGUCCCCCGCUCAAGUUUGAGUUCCAGCCCCACAUGGGGGAUGAGGUCUGCCAGGUCAGUGCUCAGCAGCCCGUCCAGACGGAAUUGCUCAUGCGGUACCACCAGCUGCAGUCCAGACUGGCCACUCUCAAGAUAGAGAACGAGGAGGUUAGGAAAACCCUGGAUGCCACCAUGCAGACCUUGCAGGACAUGCUGACCGUGGAGGACUUCGAUGUCUCUGAUGCCUUCCAGCAUAGUCGAUCUACAGAGUCUGUGAAGUCGGCUGCCUCCGAGACCUACAUGAGCAAGAUCAACAUUGCCAAAAGGAGAGCCAACCAGCAGGAAACAGAAAUGUUUUAUUUUACAAAAUUUAAAGAAUAUGUGAACGGCAGUAACCUCAUCACUAAGCUACAGGCCAAGCAUGACUUGCUCAAGCAGACCCUGGGUGAAGGAGAGAGAGCAGAAUGUGGCACAACCAGGCCCCCCUGUCUUCCCCCUAAACCACAGAAAAUGAGGAGACCUAGGCCUCUCUCAGUGUGUAGCCAUAAACUAUUUAAUGGCUGUAUGGAAGCGUUUAUUAAGGAUUCAGGACAAGCUAUACCGCUUGUAGUCGAGAGCUGCAUCCGGUACAUCAAUUUAUACGGACUCCAGCAGCAAGGGAUCUUCCGAGUACCAGGAUCUCAGGUCGAAGUCAAUGACAUAAAAAAUUCCUUUGAGAGAGGUGAAGACCCCCUUGUGGAUGAUCAAAAUGAACGAGAUAUCAAUUCAGUCGCUGGUGUUUUAAAACUGUAUUUCCGAGGACUGGAAAACCCACUCUUUCCUAAGGAAAGGUUUCAAGAUUUGAUAUCUACUAUUAAACUGGAGAACCCAGCUGAGAGGGUGCACCAGAUCCAGCAAAUCCUCAUCACCCUUCCCCGAGUGGUCAUCGUGGUCAUGAGAUACCUCUUUGCUUUCCUCAACCACCUCUCGCAGUAUAGCGACGAGAACAUGAUGGAUCCCUACAACCUGGCCAUCUGCUUCGGGCCCACCCUCAUGCACAUCCCUGAUGGGCAGGACCCUGUGUCCUGCCAGGCACACGUCAAUGAAGUCAUCAAAACCAUCAUCAUCCAUCAUGAAGCCAUCUUCCCUAGCCCCCGGGAGCUAGAGGGACCUGUGUAUGAAAAAUGCAUGGCUGGAGGGGAAGAAUAUUGUGAUAGUCCACACAGCGAGCCAGGGACUAUCGAUGAAGUUGACCACGACAAUGGCACGGAGCCUCACACCAGUGAUGAAGAAGUGGAGCAGAUCGAGGCCAUCGCCAAGUUUGACUACGUGGGGCGGUCCCCACGUGAGCUGUCCUUCAAGAAGGGGGCCUCGCUGCUUCUGUACCACCGCGCCUCAGAGGAUUGGUGGGAGGGUCGUCACAAUGGCGUGGACGGACUCAUCCCACAUCAGUACAUAGUCGUACAGGACAUGGAUGAUGCCUUCUCCGACAGCCUGAGCCAGAAGGCUGACAGCGAGGCCAGCAGUGGGCCACUGCUGGAUGACAAGGCCUCCUCCAAAAACGACCUCCAGUCGCCCACGGAGCACAUCUCGGAUUACGGCUUUGGGGGGGUGAUGGGCCGAGUGCGGUUACGAUCUGACGGAGCGGCCAUCCCCAGGCGCCGAAGCGGGGGCGACACCCACAGCCCACCCCGGGGCCUGGGCCCCAGCAUAGACACGCCGCCCCGGGCCGCCGCCUGCCCCAGCAGCCCCCACAAAAUCCCCCUCACCCGGGGGAGGAUCGAGAGCCCUGAGAAGCGGAGGAUGGCGACAUUUGGGAGUGCUGGCAGCAUCAACUACCCUGACAAGAAGGCUCUCUCGGAAGGGCACUCGAUGAGGUCAACAUGCGGCUCCACCAGGCACAGCAGCCUGGGGGACCACAAGUCCCUGGAGGCUGAGGCCCUGGCAGAAGACAUCGAGAAGACCAUGAGCACGGCUCUGCACGAGUUGCGGGAACUCGAGAGACAGAACACGGUCAAGCAGGCGCCAGAUGUGGUGCUGGACACCCUGGAGCCCCUGAAGAACCCGCCGGGCCCCAUCAGCUCCGAGCCCGCCAGCCCCCUGCACACCAUCGUCAUCCGCGACCCGGACGCCGCCAUGCGCCGCAGCAGCAGCUCGUCCACCGAGAUGAUGACCACGUUCAAGCCCGCCCUGUCGGCGCGUCUGGCCGGCGCGCAGCUGCGCCCGCCCCCCAUGCGGCCCGUGCGGCCCGUGGUGCAGCAUCGCUCCAGCAGCAGCAGCAGCUCGGGCGUGGGCAGCCCGGCCGUGACGCCCACCGAGAAGAUGUUCCCCAACAGCUCCGCGGACAAGUCGGGCACCAUGUGACCUACAGCACGGGGCGGCGCCGCCACGGCUGAGGGGGGCCUCUCUGACCUCCGCGGCCUUGCCACGGGCUCCUGGCCUUGGCGGGCAGGGACCAGAAGGUCGCCUGGAAGCGCGUCUGUGCAGCGCCAGGCCCGGGCGCUGGCCGCAGCUGGUAUUCAGCCAUGUGAAUCCCACAGACCUCCCGUGUGCGAGCAGGCCCCCCGGGCGGGGGGGGGGCGGAGAGGCGGGAGGGCAGGAGGCCCCACUAGAGCAUCUCCUCAGCUUGGGCCAAAAUGUUCGACGGCUUCCCCGCCUAUGGUCACUGGAAAAUUAUUCUCUCGACAUUCUCUCUGCAUACAUAAAUAUGUGUGUAUAUAUAUGUGUGCAUAUAUACACACAUACAUGUAUGUGUCGGUGUGUGUAUAUAUAUAUAUUUAUGCAUCUAUAUACAUAUACUAGAUCUGGACACACGACUAAAUGUAUAUAGGAUCUCCUUUUUUCUUUUUAUGAAACUUAGAUUUACCUCAGACCCAUGCCACCAAACACCUCCUGCUGAGUUACUUGGUGGGACUUACAGGGACCUUUCUGGGAGAAUUUAGAGGCCUCAGUGACUUCGAACGAAGCAAUACACCACUAACCUGCAGAAAAACACACAAUAGUCUCCCACUGUCUCCAGAAGUCGUGGCCUUCCAGAACAGUCUGCCCCUAACGGAAGGGUGGGGCAGGCGGUACCCCCAAGCAGGCUGCUCCUAGAGGUGGGGAACCCUUCACAGAACACCCCCCGCCCCGUCCACCCCAGAGACCCUGCCUUUCCACCCUGAGGCCGAGGGCCAACUGUACCCCCGAAGGCACGGGAGGAUGUUGGCGAGAUGGCCCCUGACCACAGCAUCCUUGUGUUUGUAUGUAGAAAAAGGGGGUAGUGAGAACCUAAGCCCCAUCGUAGCACAGUGUUCUGUGUGGUUGGGAAAAAGGAAAAACAAAAACAGUGGUGUGGAACACUUCAAAACCUAGACACGCUGUAGGAAUAAAUCUGUGGUAACUAUAGAGGUUUAACUUAUACCAUUUUCAAAAUAUUUAAUUUUUUCUUUUCUUCUUUCUACUAAUUAUACUGUGUCAGAUCUGGAACUAAACAGGCAAGGAGGCUUUCAGUCAUGUCAUUUUAAUUUAAAAUCAGUCCGUGACCCACUUUGGCUGGUGCCCUCCUGCAUGAGGCCCAGGAGCCUCUCAGUAGGGGCCAGAGGGGGGCCAUCCUUGGCACUUUCCGUCCCAGAAAACACUCCAGUUGAGUUUAUGCAGGUGAAAUGGCUUCCCUCUCUCCCUUCCCUUCCCUUCUCAACCCGUCCCCCCCCCCCCACGCUCCCCCCACCACCUCCAGAGCAUUUAAUGUAAUUGCAAAUAUGGUGAUAGAACUGAGGUGAGUGACUUUUAGGAAUUAGGAGCUAGACUUCUCCCUCUCAGCUGGGAAAAGGCCUUCUGGAUCACUCUUGUUCCAUUUUACUUCCUCUUUUGAUCUUUUCAUUUUCCAGAGAUAGGCUGUUUCUGGCUAAUGGAACACAGGUGGAUCAGAUCCUAUGGGGACCACUUUUAUUCAUCCCCUCAUUCCAAGCCAAGGGUCUCCUUACUGUUCUCAAGCUUUCUCUCUUUCUCCCGAGGCCUCUGAGUGUAUCUCCAUGGCUGUGGUUUGGAGUCAAAAGUCCUGUGUUUGCGUCCCAGCCCCCACCCCAUAGGAGCUGUGGAACUUUGGGCAUGUCACUCCACCUCAUUGAGCCCCAGUUUCCUGCUCCAUAAAAUGAAGGUAACAAAGGUAAAAUGUAAAUGAGCAAGUUCUGUAAGCUGGAAAGCACUGUGCCAACACGAUUGCUCUUUUUAUUAUCAUUAGUAAGGUAAGUCUUUUAGAUCAAAACCCAUCCAGGAUCUUCCUUUUGAAGUCUUCUAAUGGCAUUUGAGAACUGGGCAGUGGAAUUUUCCUAACAGUUUCUUAAGAGCCCUGAAGCACAGCCCUACAGAGAUACUACCUAUUGAUGCUUGAAAUUCUGUCAUUACCAUUUCACCCCACUGGAUUAAGUUUUCCCAUCUCUUCUGGUCCUCCAUAAAAAGGUAAAUACGCCCCAGGGGGAGGGGCCUAUUAAAUCACUAAUGCCUGGGUGUGUAGGAGUGCUAAGCUGUUCUGCCUUGUCGGAGGGAUUGGCAGUUUGCACACUCGGUGGAAAAAUCGAGAAAGGGCACAAAGAGUGCCAGAGAGAGGUCAAUGACAAACUUUCCUUGUUUAGCCUAAAACGAACCAUUCUGUUUGAGCUCCCGGAAAUGAAAGAGCCUCAGAACCAGUUAGGAGCCCCUCUGUCUUUGAGCAGAUGACGACAUCCCCAUUUUACAGCUUAAAAAAGAAAGCAAGGCCUUGGGAUGUGCUGUGACGUGCCCAAGAUUUAAUGGAUGGCCGAGAGCAAGGGCUGUGUCAGACGUUUACCUGCAAGGACACAAGGACUGUGUCCAGCCAGGACACAGGCUUCUCAUUUCUACCCCAGAGAUACCCCCAGACCUUAAAUGCAGUAGCCUCCUGUGUCACAUUCUUUGCCAUGACUACCAGAUGAAAAGCGAAAAUCUGAGUUGACAAAUCUGUUGCCUGAUACAUAGAACACCAGUCAGACCGUGUGGGUUUUCCCAUGAAUUGACUGCAUUUUUCCCUACUGAAAAUGGAUCUGCCCUUAACCAAAUUACCUGAAGGCAGAGCCUUAGCUGUUUUUUUUUAAGCACCUAUUUUUCCACUGGGAAACGGCUGAUGAGUUCACAUUUAGGGAAGCCCUACUCAUCCAGCCCCAGAUCUGACCCUUGACGCAGAACCAAAUGGAAAAAUCCUUUCCUGCACUCCCCCCGCACUCCCUCAUCUGGCCACUAUGCAUGUCUCCACCACCCUCCACACGCAUCCUGUCCCAUCCACGGUCACUGAGCAUUGGCAUUCUCUUCCUGACUCCUGCCUGUGUUAGUCCACUAUAUAUUGCUGUAUUUGCUUAAAUGCUGGAAAGUAACUGUUAAAAUGUGAAACUGUAAUUUUUAAAAAGGCUACGAUUAAAUUAUAGCCAAUGCCACUCACCAAAUCUUUGCACCUAGUAGAUAGAUCAAUGUAAAAAAACAAAUACCAGAAACCUAACUGUACAGUGAGUGUGGGGGAAAUGUAGUAAACCUAGUUAGUAGUCCUCAAUAUAACCAAUUGUACAAGGGGGAGUGGUGUUUACCUACUUGUUCAUCGCCAUUACUGAGAGCUAUACUGAUCAGUUCAUUGAUAACGGGCAUUUUAUUUUUUUUCUUCACAGAAUGAUUUCUUUUCUUAACCUUCGACUUACCCUGAGGUCAAGCCUUUUGUCUUUAUGUGUAACCGAUGUUUAGUCUGUUUUAGGAAUGAACCAGCAAGAUGUUCAUUUAAAACUGACCAAAGACAAUUCAUUCCUGGUCUAGUUUCCUGGGCCCUGGGGCCCAGCCGCCGCUAAAGACCUUUCUCCGAUAAAAUUGAGAACAAGCCGUGCUUCCUACCCCACUCUCCCUCUCUCCCUUUAUUCCCCUUUCCUCUUAAAGAGCUGCUCUGAGCUGUGGGAUUCUAUGAAAACUUCUUGCCUUUCCUUGUUUUCAGUGCUAACGAUUUCUCACCUUGAAGCGCCUUUUGAACCCCGGACAGAGCACACAACUGGAGGGAAUUGUAAGCUUGGGAAUUAGACUUGGGAGUCUUUUCUCUGAGGUCACCAGGCCAAGAGGCAGGGGAGAAGUGGAUUCCCAAGGGAUGAAAGGUUUCUAUUCAACGAAGAAAUCCGAGUGGGAAGAGACGCAGGGAAACGGGGCCAGCGUUUGGCGCCCGGCUGGAAGUAGCAGCUCAGAGAUCUGCCUUAUAAACACUUCAGAACUGGGUUGUGGUACACAAAGGGGAGCCAGUGAGGGGAAGGGCCUUUACGUGGGGCCGGCUUCUCUGCUGGAGUCCCUUGGAGUGCCUUGUUGGGUAUACUUUUCUCAUUCAGGAGGCACGGAUGCAGAGGACUUCUGGGGCCUGGUUGCUCCUUAGCACUCAGCACACGUCCGCGGCCGAUGGAAAACCACAAGGACUAAUGUGAUGGUUCUUUCUCUCAGUCUUUCUAUUCCUAACUUUUCACACGUCCAGAUGGUUCCACACUUGAGCAAAUGCCUCAUUCUCCUGAGAAUCCCAGAAAGAAGAAUGGCUGGCUCCCAACCCUGGCAGGGGACCCUUGUGGGGCUCGGGAGGACGGGCGGGGAGGACAAGGCAGGAAGGGGUGAGCGAGGUGUUGCUUAGCUGAUUUUCUGCUAUGCAGAGCUAAUGCUGACGUUUCAUGUCAACUUCCCCGGUUCUCUGGGGCCUCCUCUCUUCGGAGCAGCCGUGGAGAGAAAUCCCCACAUACCCAAAGCCGCCCUGGGGGAGCCGAGAGAAGGGACAUCGCUGCCGUGCCGGACUCCUCCUGGCUUCUCUGAGGUCGGUCUGCCAAGCGUCCCACUGUCCCAUCCUCUGGGACUGGCCGAAUGGCCACCGCUGCCCCUUGCCGACACCUCCUUCCUGUGUGAACUGUCCCAGGCAAAUAACAAAGCUGUUCCUUGAACCAGAGCAACCAGAGUGCACUUGGCCUUCCUUAGACGGAAGUAGAUUCUGGCUAGAGUUCCGGCCCAGACUCUAGUUCCGGGCAGUGUGACUGUUUACACGGUUUGGCAAUAGAUUUGGUUCUGAUUGCUUCAGAGUGGCUGGUCAAUUUAGUUUCUUUUGGUUUCCUUCCUCCCCAGACUGUGUCAGGAAAAAAAAAAAAACCCACGAAAACAACCCUAGGAAAUUGCUGGUUGCCUGUCCCCAUGUGAUGAUAAGUGUCGCCCUCUUCCGGAUAUCGUUUCUCUACCUUAACAACCAAACGCCCGUCCUAUAGAGUGUCUGACUGGAUCCUCUGUUGCGUAUUCUGAUGGUGCCUGCUGGUUUGACGUGGAGCUAUCCUGUGAAAUAAAACAGCUUAACUUUUCUCAAA